AUGUUUCCAAACUUAAAUUGGAUUGGAAAACAGCCCAAAGAAUCUAGGAUCGAAAUUGCGCCAUCCCCGCAUGCUGUUAUUGGCAUUGAAAUAAAGAAUUCGCUUUUCAAUCCCCUGCGCAACAAUCGGAUUCAAGGUUUCCUCGACAAACUUUUCAAUUGUGCCUCCGGAUUUCGGGAUUUGAAGGCUGUGGAUGUGGCGAGAAGAAGCCCGCCAAUCCGUAUGCAGCCUGGAAAGAAGCAUAUUUGUGGUAAAUUUGUCUUUCCCGCUGACAAGAACGAAAAGAAUUGGCGAAUUCUCAAUCAUUUUGCUAGAAAACUUGUCCAGGGCCUUUUUUAUGAGCGCCUUGCCGCCAUCCUUGUACCUUGA